AUGGAGAAGGUACGAGGAAAACGUAGGCCGAAGACCCGCGACGUGUGUAAGGCCUUUGGUUUAUGCAGAGGACAGCGGUUCCUUUGGCCUCUGGAGUAUCAAGAUGUGAAGAAGAUAAGUUGGGGUCGGUGUAAAUCUGUGUCUAAGUGUAAGUCUGAUUCUAAGUCUAAAUCUAAGUCUGUGUCUAAGUCUAGAUCUAAGUCUGUGUCUAAGUGUCAGUCUGUGUCUAAGUCUAAAUCGAAGUCUGUGUCUAAGUGUCAGUCUGUGUCUAAGUCUAAAUCUAAGUCUGUGUCUAAGUCUAAAUCUAAGUCUGUGUCUAAGUGUAAGUCUGUGUCUAAGUCUAAAUCUAAGUCUGUGUCUAAGUCUAAAUCUAUUUCUGUUUCGAAGUGUAAAUCUGUGUCUAAGUCUAAAUCUAAGUCUGUGUCUAAGUGUCAGUCUGUGUCUAAUCUAAAUCUAAGUCUGUGUCUAAGUGUCAGUCUGUGUCUAAGUCUAAAUCUAAGUCUGUGUCUAAGUCUAAAUCUAAGUCUGUGUCUAAGUUGUCAGUCUGUGUCUAAGUCUAAAUCUAAGUCUGUUUCUAAGUCUAAGUGUAAGUCUAUGUCCAAGACUAAAUCCAUUUCUAUUUCUAAGUUCUCUAAUUCUAAGUCUACUUCUACAUCUAAGUCUAAAUCCAUGUGUAUGUCUAAGUCUACGUCUAAGUCUAAGUCUAAGUCAAGUGCAAGUCUAAUUCUACGUCUAAGUCUAAGUUAA